AGUGGCCACAAUUAGCGUCUGUCGCCAGUGCAUUAGGUGAUGCUGUCAUUACAUGGACGAUCUGGUGGUUUUUGCGACCGGCGCGAACAGACAACGUUCGGUCAAGGUCGAGGAGUUAUCUCAACGAGUUGAUGCGGGUUUUUAUUCAAAUGGGAUUAUUUUCCUUCCUUGUAGCGGCUACCAUGUUUGUGAUCUAUCAGUUCCAGGAUGAUGUUAUUGGUCAUUUCUAUACCGCCGCGCCUGGAGCGGUGUUAGGAAAAACCUAUAUGAACUCGAUGAUGGCGGUGCUCAAUGCUAGGAAGUCCGUUCGCGAACGACUUGCUCGCAACGCAACGGAGCUUCCUACGAUACCUACAAUACAUUGAUUUUCUACUUCUGUUGAUAUUAGAUAUAUGUUCUCUGUAAUCCUCAGCCAGUAUAUGGGACCGUUCCAUCUAUCCUACCUCCUUGGUUUCAACCGUUAAUCACAAUGCGCGUCUUCUAACAUCUAACAUCAUAUGCCGCUCAGGCUUGCGAG